AUGUCAGCGCAGGCCAAAGUGAAGAAGGACAAAGAGAUCAUUGCCGACUAUGAAAGCCAAGUGAAAGAGAUCCGUAACCAACUGGUGGAGCAGUUCCGUUGUUUGGAGCAGCAGUCGGAAUCCCGCCUGCAGCUACUGCAGGACCUGCAGGACUUCUUCCGCCGGAAGGCUGAGCUUCAAUUGGAGUUCUCCAGAGGCUUGGACAAACUUGCGGAGCGCUACUCGUCUAAGAUCCGCACUUCCAGAGAGCACCAGCAUUUCAAGAAGGAUCAAAAUCUCCUGUCCACUAUCAAUUGCUGGUAUUUGGUCCUGGACCAGACCCGGCGGGAGAGCAGAGACCAUGCCACACUCAGUGACAUCUACAACAACAACGUCAUUGUCCGUCUGACACACGUGGGCGACGAUGUCCUCAGACUUUUCAAAAAGAGCAAAGACAUCGGGGUGCAGAUGCAUGAGGAGCUGGUGAAGGUCACCAAUGAGCUCUACACAGUCAUGAAGACAUACCACAUGUACCACACGGAAAGCAUCAGUGCCGAGGGCAAGCUGAAGGAGGCCGAGAAGCAGGAAGAGAAGCACAUCGGCAAGGCCAAUGACAUUAGCUCCGCCUUAAUGCGAUACGGUCAUGACGAACGGCCACAGCGGCGGAGCUCUGUGAAGAAGAUGGAGAAAAUGAAAGAGAAAAGACAAGCCAAGUAUUCUGAAAACAAACUCAAAUGUACAAAGGCCCGCAAUGAUUAUCUCCUCAAUCUGGCAGCCACUAAUGCUUUGGUGGCGAAAUACUAUAUCCACGAUGUAUCUGACCUGAUAGAUUGUUGUGACUUGGGGUACCACGCAAGCCUGACACGGACCCUGAGAACCUACCUGUCGGCCGAAUACAGCCUGGAGACGUCUCGCCACGAGGGUUUGGACGUUUUAGAAGGAGCGGUGGAUGCCAUGGACCUCCGUGGGGACAAGCACAAAUUCAUGGAUGCACACAGUCAAAUGUUCUGUCCACCUGCACGCUUUGACUAUCAGCCACACAUGGGGGACGAGGUGUGCCAGGUGAGCGCGCAGCAGCCAGUCCAGACGGAACUCUUGAUGCGUUACCAGCAGCUUCAGACUCGCCUGGCGACGCUCAAGAUUGAGAACGAAGAGGUGCGGAAGACUCUGGACGCCACCAUGCAGACCCUUCAGGACAUGCUCACAGUUGAAGACUUUGAUGUAUCCGAAGCCUUCCAGCACAGUCAGUCCACCGAGUCGGUCAAGUCAGCUUCGUCUGACUCCUACAUGAGCAAGGCCAAUAUCUCUAAGAGAAGAGCCAAUCAGCAAGAGACUGAGGGCUUCUAUUUUACUAAAUACAAAGAGUACUUGAAUGGCAGCAAUCUUAUUGUGAAGCUCCAGGCCAAGCAUGAUCUUCUGAAGCAGACAUUGGGAGAAGGAGAGAGGGCCGAAUAUGGAACAACCAGGCCCCCAAUACUUCCCCCUAAACCCCAGAGAAUGCGGAAGUCUAGACCUCGCUCCAUUUUUAGGCAUAAGCUGUUUAACGGCAGUAUGGAGGCCUUCAUCCAGGACUCAGGACAGCCAAUACCAGUGGUGGUUGAGAGUUGCGUCCGAUACAUCAAUCUCUACGGUCUUCAGCAGCAAGGUAUAUUUCGUGUCCCAGGAUCCCAGGUGGAAGUCAACGACAUUAAAAAUGCAUUUGAAAGAGGAGAAGAUCCGCUCGUGGAUGAUCACUCGGAUCAUGACAUCAACUCUGUGGCCGGCGUUCUUAAACUCUACUUCAGGGGUCUGGAGAAGCCGCUGUUCCCUAAAGAACAUUUCCUUGACCUCAUAUCCACUACGAAGCUGGACUUUGGUUCUGACAGAGCUCAUCACCUACAGCAGAUUGUUGCAACUCUCCCGCAGUCUGUGGUUGUCGUCAUGAGAUACCUUUUUGCCUUUCUAAAUCAUCUAUCUCAGUACAGUGACGAAAACAUGAUGGACCCUUACAACCUGGCUAUUUGCUUUGGCCCCACACUGAUGCCGAUACCUGAGGACCAGGAUCCUGUGGCCUGUCAGGCGCAUGUUAACGAGGUCAUUAAGACCAUUAUCAUCCACCACGAGGCCAUUUUCCCAGCUCAGCGUGAGAUGGAGGGACCUGUGUAUGAGAAGUGCAUGGCCGGAGGCGAGGAAUACUGUGAGAGUCCACACAGUGAUGCUGGCGCUCUUGAUGAGGUCGACAACGGUACUGGACCAAACACUAGUGAUGAUGAGCUGGAGCAGAUAGAAGCCAUUGCGAAAUUUGACUACGUAGGCCGAAGUCCUAGAGAGCUUUCCUUCAAGAAAGGCGCCUCGCUUUUGCUCUACCUGCGAGCUUCUGAAGACUGGUGGGAGGGACGGCAUAACGGUGUAGACGGCCUCAUUCCGCACCAAUACAUUGUGGUGCAGGACAUAGAUGACGCAUUUUCGGAAAGCAUUCAAAGGACUGACAGUGAAACCAGCAGUGGAUACCACGAGGAACGAUCCUCAUCCAGGCAUGAGCAUCAGUCUUUAUCGGAACACCCUCUAGAACGCCGCUAUGGGGCACCAAUGGCAAGGCCUAGAGUACGUUCAGAUGGAGCUCCGCUUCACCGUCACAGAAACGGCGACAACCACAGCCCCACCAGAUCUGCCGACGGGCCACCGAGAGUCGCGCCUCGGCCCUGCAGCCCUCACAAAAUGGCGGUGAGCAGGGGUCCCACAGACAGUCCGGAAAAGCGUCGACUUGCUACCUUUGGGGCUGCCGGACACCCUCAACGGUCAUCUCCCGGCACAACUCGGCAUACAAAUGUGGGAGAUCACAAAACCCUGGAGGCGGAAGCACUCGCUGAGGACAUAGAGAAAACGAUGAACACAGCCCUCCAUGAGCUGUGUGAGCUGGAGCGACAGAAUGUUGCCAAGCAUGCCCCCGAUGUGGUCCUGGACACGCUGGAGCCUCUCAAACACCCCAGCGGCAGCCAGGACGUACCCGGAAGUCCCCUGCACACCAUGGUCAUCAGAGAUCCCGAGGCUGCCCAGCGGCGAAGCAGCAGCAGCUCCUCCUCUGAAACCAUGACCACUUUCAAACCCGCCCUGGCCGCACGCAGGCCCAACGCGCCCGUCAGGCCGCCACCUGUCAGACCGGUCCGGCCGGCUCCUGUUCUCACGCAGGGCCAGGGCCCGCACCGUUCCAGCAGCUCCAGUUCGUCAGGUCUAGGCAGUCCAGGCAUGACUCCCACUGACAGGGUUUUUCCCAAAGCUCCUUCACCUUCACCGUCCACUUCCUCCUCCUCCUCAGACAAACAGGGUAACAUGUAG